CCAACCCACCUUUUCACAUUGGCAUCAGCUUCAUCAAUGGCGGGCCAACCUGAAACCCCAACAAUGGAAACCCUAGACCCACAAACCCCUUCUCCUUCUUCUUCUUCUUCUUCUACUGUUUCUUAUUCAAAGCUAACAAACCCAAGUUUUCAAAAUCAAAACCCUUCACCAAUGCCACCAUCACUGACAAGGCUAUGGAGACCAGCCGCGCAGCGAAACCUCCGAAACCAGUGGUCCAAAUUGGUUUCUUGUAGGAAACAAUGGGUUUCUUCUUCUUCUAGUGGAAAGUCCCACGCUACCUCUCUUGUCAAUGCCCAUCUCUCUCAGAGAUACAUGCCUUCAAUGGAGCUGGGUGUUCUAAGUGACAUGCUCAAUAUAAGAAAGAAAGCGGGUCAGAAAUUGUUUAAGCAGCAGGAAACUUUUCAGAGCAAACUUUUAUCAUCAUACAAAGACAUGGUGGCUGCUGUAACUCAAAUGGUCAAUGCUAGCAAAUCCAUGAGAACUUUUCUCAAAGGGCCAAGCAAUAGUGCGCUUGUACAAUUUUCUAGUUUUUCUGGAGAUCAGAAUGACUCUGGAGAUGGUGGUGGAAUUCCAGUCUUUGCAUUUUGGUCAAUCUCUUCUCAUGAGCAAUUGGCAGAGGAGCUCGUUCAGAUGUUUAUAAUGGAACUAAAUUUGAAGCGGUUGCUGGUACUAGAGUUACUGUCUACUAGUUGUAACGAUCCACAGGUGAAUGAGUUGCAUUGGUCAGAUCAGCUUUAUCCAGGAGAAUUUGAUCAUUUGAGUAUGUGCAACCUUUUUUCUCAAGAAACUUGUGAGCCAGUCCCACCAAAAUUGAUGGAUUUGAAAUCUGAUGCAUCCACUGUACGAAGUAAUAACCAGCCAAACCCUGAGGUUUUGCAGGUUUAUAUAACAACAUGGCUUGCAGAGGUGAACAUAGAUACUCUUAGGGUUGAUGAAAUAUUUGCUGUAAUAGGGGAAGAAAUGCAUCUUGGGCUUACAUGAGCUAUUCUCUUGGCAAAAGACUUAUUGUAUUAAAUUUAUCCGACCUCCCCAGACCAUGAAGGAUGUUCUGUUUUCACUACAUCCAUUGUAGACAAUGAGAAUGUGAAUGUAAUCAUCGCUGAAUCUCUUGCAUCGUAAAGCAUGUUAUUCUUCACUUUGCAGAAGUAGCAAGAGAAGGAAGUCCUACCAUAGAGUUGUCUCCAGGCUAUGGAUUAUUUUUUCCCACCAGCAAGUUGCAGUCACAAUGGCAGUUUGACUUCCAUUAAAACCAAGCCUAGAACCAAGACAAAUGAAGAUGAAACAGUUGGCGUUUGGUUAUAUAACUAGAAGAAAGCUACUAACAGGAAUUCUUAAAAAUUUAUGUGGACAUUGAAUCAAAUAUAUGUCUUGUUUAUGGAGGAACAUUGUACAGCAAAAUAUAUGCUUUGGGGGCUAGAUCUUCACUGUUUUGUUUAUUUGGCCAACAGAAUGUGGUAACUGAUACAUGAUUCGUCAGUGUAUCAUUUCAUUAAUACAGGGUUAACAGAACUAUCAUUGUCA